AUGGCUGAGGGGUGGCCGAGCUGCCUGCAGGCAGCAAAGGACAGAAGGCAGGAGGGCAGCAUGAGGUACACGGAACUGGAUGACAGCCUGACCAGCCUCAUGUGGCUGCAGGACUUCUCAAUCCUCAACACCAGCAUGGGCAAGUCCUCUUACUGCACCAGUGGCCCGGACCCCCACGACUGUCACAGGAUUCCCAGUUUUGCCGCCCCGUGCUCACCACUGGCCGCCGACCCGGCGUGCAUGGGCAUGCCCCACACUCCCUGCAAGCCCAUCUCCUCUUCCACCUCGAGGACGGCGCACCACACCGUGACCGUGCACCCUCAGCUCGCGGAGGACAUUGACUACAAGACCAACCCGCACGUCAAGCCACCCUACUCCUAUGCCACCCUCAUCUGCAUGGCGAUGGAAGCCAGCAAGAAGCCCAAAAUCACCCUCGCCGCCAUCUACAAGUGGAUUACUGACAACUUCUGCUACUUCCGACACGCUGAUCCCACCUGGCAGAACUCCAUCCGGCACAACCUAUCCUUGAACAAGUGUUUCAUCAAGGUGCCCCGGGAGAAGGGUGAGCCAGGCAAAGGUGGGUUUUGGAAGCUUGACCCCCAAUAUGCUGACCGGCUCAAGAACGGUGCCUUCAAAAAGCGGAAGAUGCCCCCAGUGCAGAUCCACCCAGCCUUCACCAAAACAGCCCAGCAAGAAACACGGUGUGUCACCAGCCCAGCCCCUUUGGCUUGUACCUCCAAUAACAUCCUCAAUGUCAACACGGAGUCCCAGCAGCUGCUGAAAGAGUUUGAAGAAGUCACCAGUGACCAGAACUGGAAUCCAGCAGAUGGCAAAGCUGGGCAGAAGCGCAAGCAGCCCUCACCCAACCGAACAGCCAAGGUGUCUCGGCUUUCCAACUCUGCCUUGCUGACCCAGGAAGAGCAGACCGAGCUGGGAUCACUGAAAGGUGACUUUGACUGGGAAGCAAUCUUCAACACCAACCUGAACGGAGACUUCUCCACUUUUGGGGAUCUGGAGCUCACGCCUCCAAUCAGCCCCAUAACACGUGACCUGGACUUGACAGUACACGGCCACCACAUCGACUGUCCCCAGGAACAGGAGCAGGAGCAGGUCCUCACUGAAUCCAAUCAGAACAACCUGGACUUUGAUGAAACCUUCAUGGCCACUUCUUUCCUGCAGGAUGCCUGGGACGAAGGGACAAAUGAUUACCUCUCCGAUUCCGUCAACGUGGAGCAGUUGUUUGAACUCAACGAUGUCUCUUUGCCAGCAGAUAUGAGCGACUGGGGCAGUUUGGCGUCCCUUUUAUAA